AUGUCCUCAGCUGCCACCGAUGCUCGAACUGCUGCCGCUGUUAACGCCGCUGCAGUGACUCGUGAUUACACAAUCAACCCUAGGGUUGAGUAUCAGACCAUUACUGGUGUCGAGGGGCCUUUGGUCAUUCUUGACAAUGUCAAGUUCCCCCAAUACAACGAGAUCGUCAACCUCACGCUUGCUGAUGGUUCCACGAGACAAGGCCAGAUUCUCGAAGUCAACGGUUCCAAGGCCGUUGUUCAAGUUUUCGAGGGAACUAGUGGUGUUGAUAACAAGAACUGCUACAUCGAGCUCACUGGAGAUACUCUGAAGAUGCCCAUGUCUGAUGAGAUCAUGGGUCGUUCUUUCAACGGUUCCGGUCAGCCCAUUGAUAAGGGUCCUCAAGUCUUGGCCGAGGAGUACUUGCCUAUCAAUGGUUCUCCCAUUAACCCCAAGUCUCGUCAGUACCCUAAGGAGAUGAUUCAGACCGGUCUGUCAGCGUUGGAUACGAUGAACUCAGUCGUCCGUGGUCAGAAGUUGCCUCUAUUCUCAGCUGCUGGUCUUCCCCAUAACGAGAUCGCUGCCCAAGUGUGUCGCCAGGCUCAGCUUGUUCAGGGUAAGGACAUUCACGAUCACUCCAAGGAGAAUUUCUCUAUCAUUUUCGGCGCUAUGGGUGCCAACAUGGAAACUGCCAGAUUUUUCCGCAAUGAUUUUGAGGAAAACGGCUCAAUGGAAAACGUCGUUCUGUUCAUGAACUUGGCCAACGACCCCACUAUUGAGCGUAUUGUUACUCCCCGGUUUGUGCUUACCGCUGCUGAGUACUUCGCAUAUGAGCGCGAACAGCAUGUGUUUGUCAUCUUGACUGAUAUGUCCUCAUACGCUGAUGCUCUUCGUGAAGUCUCUGCUGCUCGUGAGGAGGUCCCCGGUCGUCGUGGUUACCCUGGUUACAUGUACACCGAUCUCGCCACUAUCUACGAACGAGCUGGUCGUGUUGAAGGCCGUAACGGUUCUAUCACUCAGUUCCCCAUUCUGACCAUGCCUAACGAUGAUAUUACUCAUCCUAUCCCUGACCUUACUGGUUACAUUACUGAGGGCCAGGUCUUCGUGGAUCGGUCUCUACAUAACAGGCAGGUGUACCCCCCGAUUAACGUCUUGCCCUCACUCUCACGUUUGAUGAAGUCUGGUAUUGGCCGCGGUAUGACUCGUGACGACCACCCCAGUGUGUCCGAUCAGCUCUACGCUAACUAUGCUGUUGGUGUCGAUACUCGUGCUAUGAAGGCAGUCGUUGGUGAGGAAGCCCUCAGUGAGGAGGAUCACUUGUACUUGGAGUUCCUUGAUAAGUUCGAGUCCAAGUUCUUGAGCCAAGGCCCCUAUGAGAACCGUGAUAUCUUCCAGUCGUUGGAUAUUGCAUGGGAGCUUCUCCGUCUGUUCCCUGAGAGUAUGCUAAAGAAGGUGCCACAGAAGGUCAAGGACAAAUACUACCCCCGUGAUCGUGAGGCUCAGAAGGCUACUCAGGAGGCUAAAUAA